CAAAAAGUACUUCGAGAGCGUUAAACAGUAAUUAUGUGAUGUGCCGAUUGUGACCGUAAUACAGAAAUGUCAGUUUAUGAAUUGCACUCGGCACGACUAAACGUCAAAAGUGAACUCAUUUUUACAGUUCAGAAAACAGAUCAAUUCCGUGCAGUUGACAUACAGAUUUGUUGAUUUGUAACAGAAAAAAAAACGCAUCUAGCUCCAGUUUUUAUUGUGCGGUUAUUUGUUGGUGUUGUGAAGGAAUAGAAAUAAUACUCCAAGCCGGGAUCACACCAGACAACUGAUAUAAAAUUCAAUACGACUACGAGCAUCACAAUGUCAUCAGAAAGUGGAUCGACAGCUAUGGCGAAUGUCAUGUUAACGGAUCCGGUGCCAGCGUUUGACACAAUUUACGAAGAUGCAAUCAAAACUUUUCGUGACACAUUCGAUGCGCAACCAGAUGUGGCCGUCUGUGCUCCAGGACGUGUUAAUUUAAUUGGUGAACAUAUCGAUUACAACGACGGUUUCGUACUUCCAAUGGCACUGCCGAUGGUUACGAUUAUUGUGGGGAAACGCAACCAAACUAAAUCCACGGCAAAUGUUGUUACCUGCUGUGACGGAGCCGACGACCCGACAACCGUUUCAUUCGAUUUGAACAACCUCACGGUCGGAACGCCAAAAUGGGCCAACUAUAUAAAAGGUGUAUUGAAAUGUUUUGGUAAACAAUUGCCGGGAUUCGAUGCGGUCAUAUUGACAAAUGUGCCCAUUGGAGGAGGUCUUUCCAGCAGCGCAGCGCUUGAAGUGGCGACGCUAACAUUUAUACAAGCGCUAACCGAGGCCGAUAAUGAUAAAAACCCCGAAAACACCAAAUCCUUAACGCAAAAACAACAGGCUCUGCUGUGCCAGAAAGCUGAGCACGAAUUUGCUGGUAUGCCGUGCGGCGUUAUGGACCAAUUGAUUUCGGUGUGCGGGAAACGUGACCACGCGUUGCUCAUCGAUUGUCAAACAUUGGACAUAUUUCAAAUACCAUUCGAGAUGGGAGACGAUUUGGCCGUUUUAAUCUGUAAUUCAAACGUGCGCCACGAACUAUCGCAUAGCGAAUACCCGACUCGCCGAAACCAAUGUGCACAGGCACUCGAACUCUUGCGUUUGAAUAGCUACAAAGAUGCAACUAUUAAAAGCUUAGACGCUCUGAAAGGUAGUGAUGAAGUUUUCACCAGAAGGGCACGACACGUUAUCACGGAGAUUCAGCGGACACGUGAAGCAGCUGAAGCAUUGCGGAAAAAAGAUUUCAUUGAGAUGGGUCGAUUAAUGAAUGAAUCGCAUGAAUCACUUCGAGAUGAUUUCGAAGUAUCGUGUGCUGAACUUGAUAUACUGGUCGAGGCGGCAAUCAGCUGUUCAGCUAGUGUGUUGGGGUCACGUAUGACUGGUGGCGGUUUUGGGGGUUGUACAGUUACGUUGCUUCGCAAAAGCGACAUAAAUAAUGUGAUAACGCACAUCAAAACGAUUUACAGCGCGAACGGCACAAACGGACGUACUGCCAGUUUUUAUGUGGUCCAACCGGGUGAUGGUACUCGCCGAAUUAUGUAAUACUUGCAAAUGGUGCUGAAAACAGAACAAACAUUCCGACAGUACUCGAAACAUUAAUUUUAACGAUGAUGUUGAUUAUGCAUUUCCAUAACAUACUUUCUCAGCUUCACCAUAGAAUCGACAUCAUCCAAGUUAUACUUCAUGUAUUUCAGAUUGUUAACUAUCAAACUAGUAAAUAAAGAGUAGAAGAAGCAA